AUUAACAAGCUUUGAUCUGUGUUGUUUAAAUGGCUUCAAGCAAUGGCCUCCCCGCCACCGGAAGCGGUCUCAUCGUCAGCUUCGGCGAGAUGCUCAUCGACUUCGUUCCCACCGUCUCCGGCGUCUCCCUCGCUGAGGCUCCCGGAUUCCUCAAGGCUCCCGGCGGCGCCCCCGCUAACGUGGCCAUCGCCGUCGCCAGACUCGGCGGAAAGGCCGCUUUCGUCGGCAAGCUCGGCGAUGACGAGUUCGGUCACAUGCUUGCCGGGAUCUUGAAGGAAAACGGCGUCGUCGCCGACGGGAUCACCUUUGACCAGGGCGCACGUACGGCGUUGGCGUUCGUAACCCUACGCGCCGACGGGGAGCGUGAAUUCAUGUUCUACAGAAACCCCAGCGCCGACAUGCUCCUCAAGCCCGAAGAACUCAACCUCGAACUCAUCAGAUCUGCAAAGGUGUUCCAUUAUGGUUCAAUAAGCUUGAUUGUGGAGCCAUGCAGAUCAGCACACCUGAAGGCAAUGGAAGUAGCCAAGGAUGCCGGGUGCCUUCUCUCCUACGAUCCAAACCUGAGGCUGCCAUUGUGGCCUUCGGCCGAGGAAGCUCGCAAGCAAAUCCUCAGCAUAUGGGAGAAGGCUGAUUUGAUCAAGGUCAGCGAUGUUGAGCUCGAGUUCCUCACUGGAAGUGACAAGAUUGAUGAUGAGUCUGCCAUGUCCUUGUGGCACCCCAACUUGAAGUUGCUCCUUGUCACCCUUGGUGAACAUGGUUCUAGGUACUACACCAAGAAUUUCCAUGGAUCAGUAGAUGCUUUCCAUGUAAAUACAGUUGAUACAACUGGCGCUGGCGAUUCCUUUGUCGGUUCUCUUUUGGCCAAGAUUGUUGACGACCAAUCCAUUCUUGAGGAUGAAGCAAGGCUAAGAUCAGUUCUCACUUAUUCAAAUGCAUGUGGAGCAAUCACCACCACCAAAAAGGGAGCAAUCCCUGCCCUUCCCAAGGAUGAAGAUGUGUUGGCCCUCAUCAGGGGAGCAUAGAAUCUUAGUGCCAUCAUUUCGUUUUUGUUUUCCUUCUAAUUUCGUUCUUUUUUAAUUUUUCUGUUGGACUUGCUGGUUGGUCUCGUCAAUUCAAGAGGGGAGAGUUUUUCUCUCGGUUUUCUCUUUUAA